AUGCGUCUAUUCAUUUGCAUGAUGUAUCUUGUUCGUUCACUGCAGCUCGUCGCCGCUCUGUUCCUCGCAGCAAUCGUGCGUGCACAAGUACUCGUUGACUUCCAGGUCGCGCAGCCGCCGCCAGUGCCCCAGGAUGCUCAGGAAUGUACCAUAGAAAUUCUACAGCGGACGUUUGGUAACUCGUACGGGGACCCCGAGAUAGUGGAAUAUACGCCUCCUGCGGACUGUGGGGCUGUUGGCUCAUGGGCUGGUAUCACGCUGAACUUCACCGUCACGUCGAACGGGACACAGUACGAUCGUUUGGGCAUCUUUACUUUCCAGAACGUAGAGAUCUGGCGUACAUCCACUCCGGAGCCGACCACCGAUGGCAUCAUCUGGACGUACGUGAAAGAUGUUACGCGGUAUACCCCGCUCUUCGCGAAGCCAGGCACGUUCAUCCUCGAGCUCGACAACCUGCUCGAGACAGGCCUCAAUGGGCAGUAUGCCACUACGCUGUAUGCGACGUUCUACGCGUCCUCCGUCCAGUACCCUCCCGCAGCCCAGGCCAAUAUGAUUAUUCCUGUAACUAACCUUGCUAACAAUACUGGCGAUGACGCGUCAGUUCCUCCCGCCUUUUCUCUGAACGUCACUGUACCACAAAAUGCGGUUCAAAUUUAUGCCGAGUUGUACGCGUCGGGGAAUGCGGAAGAAGAGUUCUGGUAUUAUAACGUUCCUAGCGAGUACCUGGACGACCUGCCCGCUGAUUUCACCUACGGGAAUGGGCCUUUCCGGGAAGUGCGCAUGCUUGUAGACGGCCAGCUUGCCGGCGUCGCGUUCCCUUAUGCUGUGAUUUUCACUGGAGGGAUUCUCCCCUCGGCCUGGCGACCGAUCACAUCCUACGGGGCGCUGGACCUCCCGACGUACUACAUCGAUUUGACGCCCUUCGUGCCCAUUUUAGCGGACGGUAGCCCACACAACAUUACCAUCGACGUCGCGUCCGCUGAAACGGACCAUACGAUCAACGACAACUGGUACGUCUCCGGGAACCUGCAAGUUGUGACCGACCCGUCCGCAAGGCCCACGACGGGCAGGAUUACGUCGUAUAGCGCGGAGCCGUACGCGGUGACGACGACUUCCGCGAGCAUGGCCAACGGGAAUAUCAACAUCACCGUUAGCGCGACCCGUAAAAUUGCUAUCGAAGCGGAGAUUGUUAGUGGGAGCGGCGUGACGACUUAUGUCGCAUGGUCGCAGAGCCUGGAGUACUCCAAUACGCAGUAUUACAUGGACGACUACAACAUUCAAAAUGUCGCACAAUCCGCUUCUGGAUCGUUCCUCUCCACUCACAACGGUGUCCCAACGCUGGUGGACGAUUUCUCAUACCCGCUGUACAUUAACAUCACCUCCCUGAACCCCGAGGGCACCGAGUUCACAGCGUCAUUCGACCAUUCUUACGAGCGCACCUCCCAUCCAAGCCCCUUCCUCCUGGGGUCUACGAUCAAUGAACGCCAGCUAGCGGCGGGUAUCUUCGUGGAGACAGCCAACGGAAAUUACGGCAACGGGACCAGCAACAAUACCUUCAGCUAUUUGGACACAAGGGGCAACACAUACGACAGAGAAGUCAACGCUGCGUAUGACAACAUCACCUACGACCAUCAAGGAGGUUCACUUUAUGCUGGAAAUGUGUUCAGUUUCCCGUUGUUCAGCCUGCCAGCUCCAAUGGUUGCGGCACCAAGGUUACCGGGUGGAAGAAGCAUCGGUGUCUAG